AUGGCCUCUCAGAACAUGGAUCCUGCAGCAGCCUCGUCAACGGCAGCAUUGAAAGGGAGCGAGACGGGCGGAAGUGUGCCAAAGGGCUCCGUCUCCAAAAGACUUCAGCAGGAGCUGAUGACACUAAUGAUGUCAGGAGACAAGGGCAUCUCUGCAUUUCCAGAAUCUGACAAUCUUUUCAAAUGGAUUGGGACUAUAGAUGGAGCUCCAGGGACAGUUUAUGAGGGUUUGAGAUACAAGCUGUCACUAGAAUUUCCCAGUGGGUACCCUUACAAUGCACCCCGAGUGAAAUUCAUCACACCCUGCUUCCACCCUAAUGUCGAUGAGAAUGGUUUUAUUUGCUUAGACAUUCUAAAGGACAAGUGGUCAGCUUUGUACGACGUCCGAUCUAUCCUGCUUUCCAUUCAGAGUCUGCUUGGUGAGCCCAAUAAUGAAAGUCCAUUGAAUUCUGCUGCUGCUGAACUGUGGGAGGACCAAGAAGCCUUCAAAGUUCAUUUGCACGCUACCUACAAGAACUGA